GUCGAGACGGCACGCUGUCUGAUGGUAGGGGCCGCUUGCGUUAACUCCGGUUUUUUCGACUCGGCUCAACUUUCGACAUCGCGGCGCUCUGUGAAAUAGAGAGGCGAGACUGAAAGCCGAAGUGCGGCGGCCAGAGCCGCUGAGGACCACACAAUGACAUCUGCCUCUUGUUGAUCCGACCCACAGAGAGCCACCCAUCAGCACACCCCGUCUGGCCCCUUUCAACGCUCCGGUGAAGGCCUCCACAUCAGCGCGGCGCGUGCAAACAGGAGGGGGAAUCCGGCCAGCGGAAAACAUGCCGCCUGCCAUCGGUGGUCCUCAGGGCUACACCCCACCCGAGGGCGGCUGGGGGUGGGUGGUGGUGGUCGGGGCCUUCAUCUCCAUCGGCUUCUCGUACGCCUUCCCCAAAUCCAUUACGGUCUUCUUCAAAGAGAUCGAGGUCAUCUUCAACGUGACCAGCAGCCAGGUGUCGUGGAUCUCUUCCAUCAUGCUGGCCGUCAUGUACGCUGGAGGACCCAUCAGCAGCAUACUGGUUAACAAAUAUGGGAGUCGUCCUGUUAUGAUGCUGGGGGGAUGCUUAUCCGGAUCAGGCCUCAUCGCCGCCUCUUUCUGCAACUCAGUUGAAGCCCUGUACUUCUGUAUCGGGGUGGUGGGAGGUUUGGGGUUAGCGUUCAAUCUCAACCCUUCCCUCACGAUGAUCGGGAAAUACUUCUACAAGAGGCGUCCCAUAGCUAAUGGAAUUGCCAUGGCCGGCAGCCCAGUCUUUCUCUCCACCCUGGCCCCUCUCAACAGCUGGUUCUUUGACCAGUUCGGCUGGAGGGGGAGUUUUCUGAUCCUGGGGGGGUUGCUCCUAAAUUGUUGUGUCGCGGGUUCUCUCAUGCGACCCAUCGGACCGAAAGCCCAACCCGUAGCCGAAAGCACAGAGAGGAAGACCGUGUCACAAACCAUCAACAGCUUCAUUGACCUGUCCCUGUUUAAGCACCGUGGCUUUUUGCUCUAUCUCAUGGGCAACGUCAUCAUGUUCUUUGGCCUCUUCGCUCCACUAGUGUUCCUUAGCAAUUAUGCCAAGAGUAAGGACAUCUCGAAGGAGAAGGCUGCUUUUCUGCUGUCCGUGCUGGCCUUCAUCGACAUGUUUGCACGGCCGUCCAUGGGCCUUGUGGCCAACACAAAGUGGGUCCGGCCACGAAUACAAUACUUUUUCGCGGCCUCGGUGCUGUACAACGGCGUGUGCCAUGUUCUGGCCCCGUUAUCACAGGACUAUGUUGGCUUCGUGGUCUACGCCUGUUUCUUUGGUUUUGCGUUUGGCUGGCUGAGCUCCGUGCUGUUUGAGACUUUGAUGGACCUGGUGGGAGCGCAGCGCUUCUCCAGUGCAGUCGGACUGGUCACAAUAGUGGAGUGCGGCCCUGUGCUUCUGGGGCCCCCGUUACUUGGAAAGUUCAAAGAUGUCUACAACGAUUACAAGUACACCUACCAGGGCUGUGGCAUCGUCCUUAUUGUUGCCAGCGUGUUCCUGUUCCUCGGGAUGGGACUUAACUACCGACUACUGGGCAAAGAGAAAAAGGAGGAAGAGAAGAGGGUCAAGGCGGAAGGAGGAGAAGAGGAGUCGAAUUUGGACAACGCUGCCAAAGAGGUGGCCGGGACAAGGAUGUUGGAGGAGAACGUCUAAGUCCCCUGCUCCAGCUGAAGUCGCACUUUUUGCUGUUCAUUCAAUUGUUCCCAGAGCAGCAAUGCGCGGCUGAUAUACAACUGUACAGCAACUUUCAGCAAAACAGACGUGAAUCCUUCCUGUCAAUACUGUAUUGUGAAGCAGUGUUGGGUGUGGACGACUGGUUAUGACUUGGAACCGGUUCCAAAUUAAAAAAAAAAAAAAACACACAAAAAAACAGGUAUUUGUGCAGAAAUGUGAGUUUCGAAGCUGCUUAUCCGGCUGUGAGAACGUUCCAUAAACACGUGUACCCAACAGCUGUGACGUCACGCGGCGUCUUCCUCGCUGGUCACGUCAUGCGUCGACGCAGCAGGCGGACCGUUUAAGACGCGACUAACGUGCGGCUCUGAGCUUUACUAGAUAAAAACGGCAACGCGGCAGUAGGAUCAUUUCAUGCAAGGGAGGGGGGGUGUAACGGGUGCCGAUUGAUGGCAGAAGAGGUGAUCAGAUGCCCCGUGUUUUAAUCUGAAAACGUUCCGGUUCGUAACUUUAAAUAACAAAAGAAAGACAUUAUAGAUUGUACCGGAAUAACGGCAGCCGACAGGCACACGAACAGGAAGUUGUUCACGACUGAGGAACACUCGCUCACGUUCUGCUCUUAGAGGGUCACUCUGCCAUCUAUUGGUCGUUAUCGCCAUCUAGAGGCAAGGAGUGAAAUGAAUUUACACCACUGGAGCUUGUAUUUCUUGGCUGUACAUAUUGAAGGCAACUUAGAAUAAAAAUAAUAAACGGACGAGGAAACAAAGAAUGAAAACUGUAUGGGAGGAAGGGGGGGGCCUAGGAAUAGCAGACUUAAUAUUAAAAUAUUGAUCUUAUAAACCUGGCGCCCGCCGCAGAAGCGUCAAAACACCAUGGUAAAAUAUUACCUGCAGCAUAGUGCAAACUGGAGAGAAUGCCCCGUUUUCACUUGCUCUCCCAAUUCAAGUCGUCACAACAACCCAGAUACAGCUAGAACUAGCAGUUUUAGUGACUCACACUAUGGUACAACAAUAUACAAGCCAUUUUUAUAUGGCGAGUUAGAUAUACAUAGUCUAUAUUUCCGUUACAUGUCAGUGAAUGUUCUCAUUCAUCCAGGUCAUGGUUAUCCAAAGGAGCUGAAUCAAGUGCAACUGGACUUCCAAGUCCAGUUGCACUUGAUUCAGCUCCUUUGGAUAUAUUUCCGUUAGAUAUAAGUUCACCUCCUCCA